UCCCCGGGGGUUCGCCAAGCAAACCUGGAUCAACGCGGCGGUGCGUCGUGCUCCGGGAGAUUUACACCAUUUCCAGGUGGUCUUGGUAGGCAACAGCGACGUGCAAAGUACACAAGCAGUAGCCUCUGUUUACUCGUCAGCAACUGGAGUUUGGGACAAGCUCAUCUCAACGCCGCUUCCGUCCGAGAAUUCUGGUGUUCCCACCGUGGUUUACCCGGGAAUGCCUGCUGUGAUGGUUGGGGGUUCGUUUUAUUGGUUGCUUUAUGGGAAUUCACAAGGAAUCCUUGAAUUUGAUUUGGAUAAGCGGAGACUAGCUUUGAUACCCAUGCCAAUGGGAAACACUGGAGACAUGAGAGAUGGCAAUAUUUGGGUUAUGCCGGCAGAGGGUGGUGGCCUUCGUUUCGUCUUUCUGAGAGGCUUCCGUGCGCAAUUAUGGAAGAGGAGGACCAGUUGCAAGGGUGUUGCUUCAUGGUUACUCGGAAGAACUGUUGAAUUGGAUAAGCUACUUUCCCUGAAUUCAGAGAAGCAGAUAGAGCGCCCAAGGAUACUCGGGUUUGCUGAGGUCAAUAAUGUGGUUUUACUGGGGACACUUAGAGGCAUCUUCAUGGUCCAGUUUGAACUAUUGCAUUUCAAGAAAGUUAUUAAAUCCAACCCCUGGUAUAGCUAUUAUCCAUUUGAAGGUGUCUAUACUGCAGAUGGGGGCAUUGGUGGUGGACCAUAUGGAGCUAGAGUAUUGCACAAUAUGUAAGCUGAUUUCUCCUGAUAGACAUGCUAUCGUGAUGUAAUGAUUGAGCAGGUGUCUAGAAUUGUAUUCUGGUUGCUGAGAUUGAGGAAUGGGCUUUGCGAGGAGAUGGACCCUCUAUGUAGCACGCACCGGUCAAGUGGGAAGUCGAAUUGUACGAGUUCAUUGUUUUAUUUUUUAACCCCCC